AUGUCUGCUACGACGCUGGCGUCGAGCACAUUGAGCUUCAAGAGCUUACUUCCCGCGACAAACGCGAACGAGCACACUGCAGUGAAGAAGUGUGCCCCUGAACGGGACUACGACAAUAUGUACCAGCACCCUUUGUCACCACAAUAUGUCGACGCCACGACAUUGACAGCGUCCUCGCGGUCGCGCCGGCGCCAACACCAGCAGGGGAUGGAGCCCUUACCGCGCCUGCGCAACGAGGACUUCAUAAUUGACCACGGCACGGAUGUCAAUGUCAAUGCGAAUGCCAGUGCCCGCGCCAACCCAUAUGACACUGCAGACGUGAACGACAUGAUCAUCACGAGCAUCGCAGAUGACCACGACGUCAACAACGUAAAAGCCAUUACCAUCAACACUGCAGUUACGAUCGCGGACGACAACGACAACGACAAUGCAUGGGCCGAAAUCAUGGCCGCCAUGCCCACCACAGCAGAAGACAUGUCCACUGUCAAAGCCGAACAGCACGAUAUUCCUCAGCCUCAUGCUGGCUCCUUCUCCAUCUUCGACCAUGUGGCACACGCCUCUAUCUUCGCACCCACCACUGCUAAUCGUACUCCUCUCACCCCUUGCAAUCUGGGCUCCUGCAUCCCAGCCUCGCCCUGCGCAUUAUACCCCCACCGCCCGGAUUUCGACUGCCGCUUCACCACCCGGGUGAUCAAACUACACAAUACCGCCCUCGCGGCCUUGGUCCGGGAAAGCGAGCCGCUCACUUGGGAGGAGGUGCGUCAGCAUGAGCGUGAGCGUGAGCGUGACCGGCAGAGAUGGGCACCCGUGGGGCAGGUGAUGCUGGCGGGAGCAUGA